GGGAUUAAAGAACACAACUGAGGGGCAAGCUCGACAUUUCGUGAAUCAAGAAGCGACUGCCUGACUGCUUUCAAGUUUCUAACUUUUCUACUUCAUUACAUAUAUAAAAGAAAUGUACUUACAUUUCUUAGCCGUGUUGGUAUUGCAGCAUGAUGAGCUGUCUUUUAAUGGAGAUUUAAGCCAAGAAAUCAUCUCUAAGGAGGUUCCCAAAGAAAUUGCAGCAUGGGUUUAAUGGGUCUUCUCGUCAAUGUUGCUGUGGAAUGUUUUGAUGUUCUUGCAUGGCCUCUCUUUGCAUUGGGUUAUCCUUUAUGUGCUUCCAUUCAAGCUAUUGAGACAGACUCGAAGUCAGACACCGAGAAGCUGAUCACUUAUUGGGUCUGCUUGUCCUUGAUUUUGCUAUAUGAACAUGCUUUUGCAAAGCUACUUGAAUGGUUGCCCUCCUGGCCGUAUAUUAAGCUAAUAAUUGUCGGCUGCUUGGUUAUACCUCAUUUCGGUGGUUCUUUUUAUGUUUAUAAAAAGCUUGUCCAUCCAUGCAUGUCUGUCGACCCACACAGCAUCCUUGAUUGGUUCAUCAAGCUGAAGGAGUUCUUAGAACAAGAUAACCUUCCAGUUGAUGUAAAGAGAGAAGCAAAAGAAACUGUACCUGAUGCUGUGGAGAAUCUCAUUGCUUUUGGUACUUUAACAGCUCUCAAGCCAAAGCUUGAACAUGCUAAAGAUGCAAAGCAAGAAAGUGAUGCUGUGGCAAUAAUGGAGAAGAGUGCAAAGCAAGAAAGUGAUGCUGUGGCAAUAAUGGAGAAGAAUGAAGCGACCUCAACCAAGCAGGUUAGACAAAUCAAACCUGACUUUGCACUGUCAGGAAACAGAACAUGUGCAUCUGUGGAGAUCAAAGAAAUGACAGAAACAAUGAUAGCAGAUAGAGAUCUCCUUGACAUACCGCCUUCCAAGACAAUCCGAGAGAACUGGACUUGUGAUGGAUGUCAGGUUACAACUGCAAGUGAGACAGAUAACACACAUCUUCAAGGAAAGCAACAUGAGGGUACUUCUGAGGUGCUGGAAGCUGAAAACCAGACAUCCAAUGCCAAAACCCAUGCUUCAGUGGAAACACAUUUGCCUCUGGAAAGUAAAGAAAUGGAUAGCGCAACAUUAGCAGGUACAGAUAUUCCUGAUAGACAACAUCCUAAGGAUGUCCAGAAGAUGUGGAUUUGUUCUGUAUGUCAAGAAACAACCACAAGUGCGGCAGACUUUAUUUUACAUUUUCAAGGAAAGCAACAUGUGGAUGCUUGUGAGAAGCUGAAAGGCAAUGAAGAGACAUUGAAAAGCAAGACUUUUUCUGCUUCAGCUACAGUUAGUGCACCUCCUCACUCUAGUUGCGAUCUUCCUGAAAAACUACAAUCUAAUAACAGACAACCACCAUGGAAUUUUUGUGCUGUUUGUGAAGUAACAGUCACAAGUAAGAUGGACCUUAUUUCACAUUUUCAGGGAAGGCGGCAUGAGGGUGCUCUAGAGAAGCUGAAAGUUAAGAUUGAGACAUCAAGAAGCAAUAUUUUCCCUACGAUGGUGGAAAAAGAAAUGACUGGUAGUGAUCUUCCUGACCAACAAAAUUGUAAGCAUGUCCAAAUUCCAUGGAUUUGUGGUAUCUGUCGAACAACAAUCAAGGAUGAGGCAAGCGUUGUUUCACAUCUUCAAGGAAAGCGACAUCUGAAUGCUUGUGAGAGGGCGAAAAGCCUGAUACAGACACUGAAAAGGGAUGUUUCCCCUGCUUCGACGGGAAAGAAAUCUAAUUCAUCUGAAGAGGCAGAGAAGUAUAGAUCGGGCAAUGUGUCUUCACCAAAAAAUACAAGCAGCAAAGUGAAGAAGCAAGGUAAGCAAGAGAACAUGAAGGGCGGAGUUGUUGAGGUCAGAAAUGCUGUCUGGCGGUGUACUAUUUGCAAGAUAAGCUGUAAUAGUGAGGGAAACAUGGACAGUCACCUCAACGGGAGUAAGCACUUGGCUAAUUGGAAAGUACUGAAUGGUGCUGGGGGCAGUGGGCUGGCCUGAGUUGGUUCGCCAUUUGCUGUUGGCAUCAGCAAUACAGUUGACUAAGUUGGUAUAGGUAAAGAUGGCUAUGAAAAUGUGUUGUAAUAACUUUGAUCAGUUACCUAAAGUUUUGCAUAAGUUGUACUGAUUUUUAUCUUUGGUUGUUUUAUAGAAGCUAAAUGGUAUAAUAUAUAUUGCAAUUUGUACUAGGUAAACAUGUUUUGGA